GUGGUCACUGUGGUCACUGGUGUGGUGUACAUAUCUAGAUCUAACCUCGGGACUAAACAUUCAUAGAGCCGAUCGGAUAUUGGCGGGUAUAAAGUCUCAGUGAGAUAUCAUCAUCAUCAUCUCCAUUGUUUAUCCUCUACAACACAAUUUCUGGAGUCACCACCAAAACACAAGCAUACUGAAAAUCAACAUACCAAUUUUGGCCUGUGAAUACCAAGAAAUCAAAAAACACGGAAAAUGUCGACAGAAGCAAAGAAGACAAUGAAGGCCGUGGUCUUUGAGGGACCUAAGAAGGUUUCUGUUCAGGAGAGGCCUAUUCCUGAGUUACAAGACCCCAGGGACAUCAUUGUCAAGGUGCAGAUGACUGCUUUGUGUGGCUCUGAACUCCACACCUACCGCGGCCGCGAGUCCUCAACCCCAGGUUUCAUCAUGGGCCACGAAUUCACCGGCGUCGCCCACCUCGUCGGCUCCGCCGUCACCACCAUCAAAGUAGGCGACAAGGUCGUCGCCCCCUUCACCAUCUCCUGCGGCACCUGCUUCUACUGCCUCCACGGCUUCUCAUCCCGCUGCGCUUCUUCCCUGUUGUUCGGGUCCCCCGGGCUCGACGGCGGCCAAGCCGAGUACGUCCGCAUCCCCCUCGCCGACGGGACCGCGGUCGUGGCGCCCCCCGAAAUCGAAGAUGAGAGGGCGCUGGUGUUGAUGGCGGAUAUUUUCCCCACGGGGUAUUUUGGGGCCAAGAAUGCGUUUGGGUUGAUGCAUGGUUUGAACCCCCAAGAGGCGACGGUGGUGGUGGUGGGUUGUGGACCCGUGGGACUGUGUGCGGUUGUGAGCGCGUUGGAGUAUAAGCCUAAGCAUCUGUUUGCUGUGGAUUGUGUGGAGAGCAGGUUGGCGUUGGCAAAGGAGUUGGGGGCGGAGCCGUUGAACUUUGCGGACGUUGAGAAGGGUGGGUUGGGCAUGGAUGGGAUGGUGAAGAGGGUCAAGGAGGUGACGGAGGGGAGGGGCGCGGAUGCGGUGGUUGAGGUGGUGGGCAACAGGUCGGCGCUUAAGACGGCGUAUGAGCUUUUGAGGCCGUUUGGGGUGAUUAGCAGUAUUGGUGUCCAGGGACAUUAUGAUUUGCCGUGGACGGGUGAUGAUGGGUAUAACAAAAAUCUGAGAGUACAGAUGGGCCGGUGCCCGGUACGGUCCAUCUUCCCGGAAGCGUUGGAGGUGAUGGCUAGGAACCAGCACAAGUUUAGCUUCAUGUACGACAAGAUCAUGCCCCUUGCCGAGGCUGUCGAGGGAUAUGAUCUCUUUGAUAACAUGAAGGUACAGAAGGUGAUCUUCACGCCUUGAUAGGGAGGCAUGUUCUCUGCGGGCCGUAGAUGUCAUACGCAUGGGUAGAGUAUCCGGAGCAGAUCAGAUAGCCUAGC